AUGGCACCAAUUACUUGGCUCGACAAGCUCGAGGAGCAGCUUAACGUCGAUGUCGAUUGGAUGGACCCCGAAUACAUCAAGUCGAUGCUGCCCAAAAUCAAGUUCCACGAUCAGACUAGUAACCAACUCUGGGUGGACAUUCAACUAGGCCACGAAUCCAACGCCGAACUGCUUAAGGAAGUCACCAAGGAGCUCAAGGACCAAGGAUGGCUAGCCAUUUACACGCGCAUGGCUGUGUUGAUGUGCAAGAAGAACAUCGACUUGAUUCAGGGCCGCGUUCUACUGCAAACUCUGCCAUCCAAGGCCUACGACACCGAGGCCACCCUUGCUCAUGCUCGCCUAUAUGACGCCGAGUUCAAGCGCGCGGGAAUUAGCCGCGACCGCUUCACCAUUAAGAUUCCCAGCACCGGUCCUGCGCUCAAUGCUGCUAAGAUUCUACAGCAAGAGGGUAUCCAAACCCUGGGUACUGCGCUAUUUGGCGUUCCUCAAGCAGUUGCGUGCUCUCAAGCUGGAUGCCUGUACAUCAGCCCCUACUACAACGAAACCCAAGCACACGAUGACCCUAAGCUGUGGCCAAACGUCAAGGAUCCGGCCACCCAACACCCGAACUCUCCCCGCGUUAUCCAGAUCCUCGAGGUAUACAAGAAGCUGUACAAGGAGACAGGCAAAGAGCAACCCCUUGUUAAGAAUGCCAGCUUCGUCUCCGCCGAGGAAGCCAUGGCUGCCGGUGAAAUGGGUUGCCACAGCGCGACAAUUUCCCACACCGUUCUCAACGACCUCGCCUCUCGACCCUACGACGCGUCCACCCAGCCCGGACAAGGCGAACCCAAGCGCGCGCACGCGUACAAGGACGCGCGUGUCCUUCCCGCCCGUUUCCAGCCCCUACUCGCCAUCGACCCCCUCAGCCCAGACAAUAAGGCAGCUCUCGAGGAGGCUGCCCAUGUAGACUACCUCGCGAAUGGUGGAAAGAAGCUUGAUGAAGCGAUUGCUGCAGACCCGGAGACCGCUAAGAGGCUGAAGGUCGCCUUGGAGCUAUUUACUGGUGGCGAGAACCGUAGCAAGGAGAAGGUUGAGAAUGCUAUAAAGGCGUCUGCUUAA